GCGACACUCUUUUCAGAAGAGGCUGAAUUGGAGCUAGAGAGAAUUAAAUCCUUGCUGGCGUCAAGGGAGGAGGAGCUUUCAGUCAUAAUGCGGGAAAUGGAGGAGGCCAAGGCGCAGUUCCACAUAAUGAAGGCCAACGCAGAGAGUGAGCUGGCGCUGGCACGGCAGGCGGUGCUGGAGAGAGACGUCAAGCUGGAGGCCGCUCAGCAGGCCAUGGGAGCUCUAGUGAAGGUGGUGGUGGAGUACUGGGGUGAGGGCCACGAGGUGCUGCUAGCAGGCAGCUUCAACGGAUGGCAGAGCCACGUGCCGCUGGUGCCUGAUGAGUCAUCACACAUUCCCAACCACGAUGGCAGCAGGGGCGCGAUGAUUUGGGCAUGCACUCUUUGGCUCUAUCCAGGCCACUAUCAGGUCAAGUUUAUUGUGGACGGUAGAUGGACGCUCGAUCAACGGAGGGAAGUGGUUGAGGGCAACAUGGGGCAAAAUAAUCUUCUGGUUGUGAACUGGGAGGAUGAUGGGUCAAUCAGUGAUGGCGGCUCCCACGUGGCUAGCAACACUUUCCCGCCUACGUUUCUGCGAUGA